AGUCAGUGAGUGUUGGCAGCCUCGCCUCGCUUAUGGACGGCUGCCCGGCUCCACUGUUCGUCAUCGCGUUUUUUCCAGCGUCCUCCUGCGUAUGCAUGUAUGCGACCGACGGGCUGACUUCAUAACGUGGGGAGAUGAAGAGAGGAAUGGGGCAGUGAGAUCGGAUGUGCACCAGAACUCGGUAGGCUAUAAAUUGCACCAUCAGUGUUAUUAUUAUCUUCACACCCGGGCCAUGCAGACAGUGCGUAAAGAGGCGAUGCGGUAGGUAGUGCAGGCUGCUGCUGAUGCUGCUCUCCGAUCAGCUGUUAUUUUUGUCUUGAGCAUCAUCGCCGUGAAAGAUCGAGAUCAAGGGACACCACCACCGCAGAACCGGAUAACAGAGGAUGGAGUUCAAGCAUCUGGUGGAGGCGGCGGAGAAGUGGUGCUCCGGUAACCCUUUCGACCUCAUAUUCGCCGAGGAGGACGACGAGAGGCGGCUGGACUUUUACGCAGAGCCCGGCGUCUCCUUCUACGUGCUGUGUCCCGGAGGCAACGACAGUUUCCACGUGUGGAGUGAGAGUGAGGACUGCCUUCCCUUCCUACAGUUGGCCCAGGACUACAUCUCCUCCUGCGGGAAGAAGACUCUGCUGGAGGUGCUGGAGAAAGUCUUCACGUCCUUCAGGCCUCUGCUGGGUCUGCCAGACAUAGAGGACGACAGUUUUGAGCACUACCACGCUGACAUGGAGGGGGAACCGGGGCCGGACCACCAGCAGAUGGGGGUCAGCCAGCAGUGAUGAAACCCCGAGACGAGGCCUGCAGCUGGGUCAGAGCUGCUCCGAAGCUCUGGGCCUCAACUCAUCAGCCCAAAACACUUACACUCUAAUCCAAACACACACAUACUGACGGCCAACUUGCUAAAAAUGCACCACCAUGUUCUUGAAUGUCAGUGGCUUUGCUUUCCAAAGAGUGCACUCUGUUGCACUAUAUUGACCCCCCCCCAAACACACACACACACACACACACACACACACACACACACACACACAUUGGGGCUACGUGAGCAGUAGCCACGUACAAUGCAAGUUGUAUCAUAAAUCAUGAUCAUUCACCAUCUGGUUAGUUAAAGUUCUUUAUUCAAUAUUACAUCAGCCUCAGCUGGGUUUGUUAUGCAGAAAAACAGAAAGAUGUUACCGCAAUACACACACACACAUACACACACACACACACACACACACACACACACACACACACACACACACACACACACACACUUCCCCCGUGACUUUGGAGAUGAAUGUGACCGAUAACCUACUUUCUCUGCCAGUCUGUUGACACAGAGGAUACACGAGAGCUAGCUGAAAAAACGAACGGGCGAAAAACUGACAGUUUGUGGCUACGUGAGGCAACUGCAGUGACGCAGAUUUAGAGAAAGAAAAUAAUAAAAAAAGAGGGGGAGAGGAGGAAGGAGGGGAAGUUUUACACUUCAAACAAGACGACACUGAGAAAACUGAAAAGUUGACUUAAAUUAAAUGUGUUCUGUCAACAGAUCUCACAUAACUGCGUUGACCUAAUACAUUUAAGGCAACGUUUCCUUUUUUUCAGUGAACUUAGGGAUGUAUAGCUGUGAUGUAGAUUCAGAUGGGGCAGCUCUAAAACUAGUUUUAAAUACAUGGUUAAAAUUGUCGCAUAGAUUACAGUAAAAAAAAGCAUUUUUACACCAUGUGGAAAUCAAAGUGUGCGGCUUGACAGUAGCAUGGAUAAUUUCUUGAGGUUUCUUAAUGUUUCAAAGGCAGUGCACCUCAAAGAGUCACGUAAUGAGGACGUUUUUAAUCAAUGUUACUAUCAUAUGACCAUCACAACAAAGGCCCAUGCUGCAGCUUAAGCCCUUCCCCGGGCUCAUUGUCACAUGACACCCUUAUGUCCUGUAGUCUUCCUGCUUGUUCACAGUGUGCCCUUCUUUCUUAGCACAGUUAUAAUGACUUCCCAAAUCUAGCCACAAUUUUGUUUUGGCGUGUGUUGUUUUUGAAUUUAUCGGCUCCUUUUACAAGGUUUUCUCUUAAAGCAUAAAGUGCACACCUAAUUCCCUAAAUGAUAUCACAUGGGGGGAGAUAAUAUUUGUUGCCUGCCACCUUCUGCCUGCCCUGUUAUCUCUUAUCUCAGUGUGUUGUUGUAUGUCACAUCCAGCGCAACGCUUCCUCGCCUUUCAAGCACACAUGCAAGACUGUUUUCAGAGAUUCAUCUUUAGCCUGUUUUCUUUGGCUUGUAAAUGUUGUCCUUUUUUAUUUGAAUGUGUCACCAUGCAGUGCAUAUUUUGUUUGUCCUCCGAUGUAUGUGGAAUUGUUCAAUAAACCGUGUGAACAGAG